GCAAAUCCAGGGGCAGAUAAGCAAGAUAAACGGGAAGACGGAAGUCAUUUUUUUGAUAACUUGAGUUUAUUUACCAGUAAAUAUAUGUAAGUGUUAUGUAAUAGACGUGUUCGAAACUGUAUUUUCCAUGAUUGUUAUAUGUCUCAAAGUAACAAAUGUUACUUAAACCAUCUUGCCUAAUUGACAGCGAAUUACAUUGAGCUCCACUCUCCAGUCAUCCCCGUUUAACCACCCUUGUUACCCGGAUAAUACAAGAUGAUUUGAUAACUCCAACAUGCUACAAACUGGAUGAACUGUCGAACUUGAAUCCCUCCCAGUCACGCUGAAUGGCCAGAGGAAAUCGGGCAUUGAUCCAAAAUGGAAACCAGCGUUUCCCUGGAUGACAGUCUCAGAUUGGGUUGUUUUACAUGUAUUCAUUCCAGAAUAGAGAUGGAUGAAAUAGACAACAUUGAUGAACAGGUAGAGUUGGCUCCUUUGUUGAAGUUUCAACAACUGAUGAGUACCCUCAUAAAUGAUUGGAAAAAGAACAAAAUGAAUUGUUGAAACUUUUCCUGGAGGAUUAUGAGGAGAUAUGUAAACUGAAGUUUCAAGAGAUUUUCUAUUCAUUGGACUAUGGCUAGAAUACAAAUCUUUUUUGUGAUAACAUAUGUAUAUAUGUGGCAUAUACAGUGUAACUCACUUGUUCUAGAUGAAUAUUCGGCAUCCAGUAACCUAACAAAAAUUGUUAUAGAUGAUAAUAGCCGUAUGCUUUAUGUGGGAGGAGAAAACUAUUUAAUUAGACUUGAUGACAAAUUAAAAGAGCAACAGACCAAAUCAGUGGGUCCUGAAUUUGAUUCAGACAAAUGUUUUGGAAAGCCAGUUGCUUGUAGUGAGAUUAGGUCUCGUGUGCCAGACAUAAUAAAUGUUCUUGCCAUUAAUAAAAUUCAAAGUUACCUGUUAGCAUGCGGGACGUUGAAACAAGGACUCUGUAGUAUUUAUUCACUGUCUGAUUUCAAUACAGUGUAUGCAUUCAAUGCUACAGAUCACGCUUCAUUUCUUGGGAGUAAAAUUUCUUCAGUAGCGUUUUUCGGGCGUCCACCAAAGGGAUAUGAUAUGGACAGACGUAUGCUGUAUGCUGCAGUCUCUACCUACGACAGAACGGAAGAAAAAUUUUCACCAAUGACUAUCUCGACUAGAGAGAUAGUUUAUAAUGGAUCGCAAAGCAGUAUGAGAUACCUGGAGGAUAAUUCAGAUUUAGAUAAUUAUAGCUUCCUAAGUGUUCUACCUUCCGUGCAAUCUAAAUUCCAUACCAGAUAUAUUUAUGGCUUUGAGUUAAAAGGUUACGGGUACUAUGUUUCAAUUCAGCCAGUUGAUCCACAUCCCACAAAGACUGCCUAUGUUACGAGGCUUAUACAAUUCUGUUUAGAUGAUAAAUACUACAGGACAUAUAUAGAAACCGUGAUCCAGUGUUCGCAUAAUUCACUAGAUUAUACGUUAGCUACGUCAGCAUAUAUUAAGCGCGGUGGGACAAGCGACUACCUGGCUGUAAGUUUUGGCCAUCCUAGCAACAUGGCAUCUAAUGAACCAGACCCAGCAUAUGGAACAGUGGUUUGUAAUUUUUCCAUGACUGAUGCCAGGGACCAUUUCUCUGAGUUACAGAAUUACUGCUAUAAUGGUGGAACAGGGACAUACCCAUGGUGGGUGUAUGGGACAGUCCAGCAAUGUAUGAUCUCACCAGGUUUGUUCAAAGAUGAUACCUACUGUGCAUAUGAUGUCACACAGCGUAAAAUGGGAUUGACCGGUGGUAGAGACUCGGAAUCAGUUUUCCCGACAGAAGCCGACAUCUGCAUCGACGAAAUGAUAACAUCUGUAGUUCUGACUGAUCAACUAAAUCAUCCAAUAGCUGUACUAGGAACAUCAGAUGGUCAGUUGAUAAAGGUAAAGGCACAGAGCCUGAUUGGAAAUAAAACCUCUGCAAGCCUGAAAGCUGGUUACUGUGAUGGUAAUAAACCUUACAUGAAGUACAAGCUGAGUGAGGAACCCAUACUGCAGGAUAUGGUCAUGGAUGCUACAGAAGAAUAUGUCUAUGUGAUGUCAGGAAAAAAGAUUACGAGAUUCCCACUUCAGUCUUGCGCUGUGUAUGAUAAAUGCUCAACGUGUGUUAGCUCCAAAGAUCCCCAGGGUUGUGGCUGGUGUGGUGACCAUUGUAGUAAAAAGGACGAAUGUGGCGAUCCAAAUGUCAUAUUUUCACAUAACACAUGUAAACCAAUUAUUUCAUUGAUCACUCCGUUGUCAGGACCUACUGAUGGAGGCACUAUGCUGACAAUUAGGGGAGACAAUUUCGGAUACAAGGUUCCAGAAGUUACGAUUGGCGACAGCAUCAAGAAAUGUUUACCAUUAACAGAAAGCCUCAGUAAUACAGAAAUUAAGUGUUCGACCCAUAAGUCUGCAGCAGAAGGUAGUUUCCCUGUGGAGGUCAAGGUCAGUGACCUUACUGGGGAAAGAUUGAACUACAGAGUUGAUGGUACUGCUAAAACUGUCGACAUGAAAUUUGAAUAUAGGACACCAACAUUAUCAAGUGUGUUUCCAUUGUAUGGUCCAAGAUCGGGCGGAACUAUCAUUACUUUACAAGGAGAUAAUUUCCAUGUUGGCCUUGAAAGGUCUGUGGAUAUUGGGACAUUGCCAUGUGAUAUAAAAAGUUCCAACAAAACAGUAAUAUUGUGUGAAUCUCCAAAAGGCCCUCAACUUCUGGGUUCCAUUGGUAGACGGAAACGUGCAAUAAAGAAAGACUUUGUGAAAUUGACAAUAGAUGGAGCCACCUUGUACAGCUUGGAACCAUACGAAUACAAAAAUGAUGCAACAGUUACACAGAUUGUACCUGCUAGCACUAUCCACAGUGGGGGAACUAGGGUUACAAUAACAGGAACCAACCUAGAUACAGUACAGCAACCUAAGAUAGGUGUCACUCUCAGCACAUCCGGAGCCUCUACAGAAGAGGACUGUGUUGUUAACAAAGCUGAUAAGGGGAAACAGAUGAUCUGUACAAUGCCGAAUAUACUUCCUCUAAUGACUUCCCUGGAUCAGACCACGCUAACCCAUGUUAGUGUGUACUUCGUCAUGGAUGGUAUAGAAAAGUUGCUGAAAUUAAAUAAAUAUAAUCCUUCCCUCAGCAGAUAUAUCUAUAAUCCGAACCCUACUGUGAACAAAUUCGAGGGUGAAGAAUUCCUCCGGAUAUUUGAUAUAGCGGAAGAGUAUUUAGAAAUUAAGGGUGAAGGGUUGACUAGAGGACUAAGCAAAGAUGACUACCUCAUUUACAUAGGAAGAAAUUAUUGCAAUGUUUCAGUGCUUGCUAACAGGUUUCUACAUUGUUUACCUGAUAAACCAAAAAGUGUUGGUCCAAACGAACCAAAACAAGCUGUCGAGCUUCAGGUUGGAAAAUACCUCAGAUAUGAUGUCGGUUUCCUGAAAUUCAAAAUGGAGGAAGUGGUCUCAGAAGGUGGUCUAGAUAUAGGUAUUGUUGUACUCAUCGCAAUCCUGGCAGUCAUUAUUGUUCUCAUCAUUGUGUUAAUAAUUAUCAUGAAGAAGAGAAGAAUGGGGCCAUUUAAGGAUCCCAAAGAAGAGAGAUUCAGAUACAUACAUGGCCAAGAAAGCCUUGAUACUGAAGGACAAAGAUUAAUGGAUCAGAAUAGGCAAAAUGCAUAUGCGGAGCAGGGUGGGGGAGGUCCCAGCAGUCCGUACAGUACAGGUAUAGACGAGGAAACAAGAUUGCUCCUUCAAGACCAGAACCUCCUUAUAGACAGACAGUUCUUACAGAUGGGAGAAUUACUUGGUGCAGGUCAUUUUGGAAGUGUAUUCAAAGCAUAUCUCACCUUCCCAGAUGUUAAAGGGGAUGAGGAAGUGGCUGUGAAGACUUUACAUCAGAACAAUCCAAGGGAGAUAGAUGUGCAAGCCUUUUUAAAAGAGGCUUUAAUCAUGAAAGAUUUCAAGCAUAAAAAUGUCUUAAAUCUUAUAGGUAUCUGUCUCGGGAUGGAUGAUAUGCCCCUUGUUGUACUUCCAUAUAUGAGACAUGGUGACCUCUUGACAUACAUCAGGAAUGAAGAAAAUGCACCCACAAUUAAAGAUCUGAUCACAUUUGGUAUAGACAUUGCGGAAGGAAUGGCAUACUUGUCUGAGCUCAAAUUUGUACACAGAGAUUUAGCUUGUAGAAAUUGCAUGUUAGACAAUGAUUUUAGAGUGAAGGUUGCUGACUUUGGAUUGUCUCGAGAUAUUUAUGAGAAAGAUUACUAUGCAUCAGAGAGUAAGAAAACAAUGCUACCUGUAAAGUGGAUGGCUCUUGAGUGUCUUGAAAAGGGAAAAUAUUCCUCCAAAUCUGAUGUGUGGUCAUUUGGUAUUGUAUUAUGGGAACUGAUGACCAGGGGAGUUAAUCCUUACCCAGAGGUGGAUAACUGGGAUAUUGUACGGUAUCUGAAACAUGGCAGAAGGAUGCCUCAACCACAGUACUGUCCUGACCAGCUGUACGCAAUAAUGAGAAAAUGCUGGCAUCCAAAUCCAAAGGAGCGUCCAGAAUUUUCACACCUAGCUCAUGAAAUUAAUGACAUGAUUACGAUGUUGGAGCAAGCCAUGAAACAGGGUCAGCAUACUGCUGAUAUACAGACAACAUAUGUUAACAUGGAAAACUGUACAGAUUAUCAUUACACAGAUGAAUUGAUGCCAAAGGGAUCAGUAUCUUAUGAUACAGACUCAGCACCCACUUCCCCAACUUCACCGACAUCUCCAUCCCCACAAGGGGCCUCAGGUACUUCCAAAGACUUACCUAGCAACUCCAAUUUCAACCAUGACACGGGGAGCCCACAACCUGCACCAAAGCCAAAGCCUGAGAAGAAACCUUCACCAAGAAAGGAGGAAAGUACAGAAAAGAACGAAACUACAGAAAGGGAUGAAAACACAGAAAAGGAUACUGCAGAUACCCCGGAAGAUCCUGUUUUACCAGACAAAGAACAAAAAGGAGAGUCUGUAGCAUAGUUUAUAUAAUGCAGAACUUGCCUUUCUAACUUUCCCUGUGUGUGGAAAUAGAUAUAUAGUGGUGUAAAAUAUAAUGGCACGAAAUCGUAGGUACUGUAGAUAGGAAAAGUUUUUACAUGAAUUUAAUUAUACCACUUUUUUAUGCAGGCAUAUAAACUCUAGAGAUUAUAGUUCCAUUUUAUUGUUUAUGUCAUUCAUUUAAUGGUAAAGGUUAAUUACCUCCUUGAUUUAAAGGAAGAAAGUAUUUUGCUUCUCCAUGUGAUGUUUUUUUCUAUUUUUCAAUAAAUUUCUAAAGAUGUGAAGAAAAAGGGUUGUCUAUGACUGAACUAUUUUUUUACUGAUGCUAUUAAUGAGGAAAUGAAUAAGAGUGACACAAAUUAUAACUUAACAUUUAAGAUACUUGAUAUGUAAACAUGAUUUUUGAAAAAAUAUAUUAAGACGAGUUCUGAUAAAAAUUAGUUAAACUGAAAAUAUGUAUAGAUCUACAUCAUUCAUUGUUUUUAAGUUGAUUUCAUUUUGAAGUGAUACAAAAAAAUUAUCUUAACAUUGUAUGGCAGUAAUGCAGAGUAAGGGUCUCAUUUCAUGUAUUACUAACUUGGUCUCAGAAAAAGGGGCAGUUGAAACAUGAAAAUCAUUUUAAACAUGGUUAUGUUUUUAUGGAAGCUGUGAGAAAGUCUGAUUAACGGACAAAGAUAUAACUUUUAAAAUAAUUUUUACAGUGUAUUUACUAUUUUUCACUAUUUUUAUAUCUACUGAGAUUUUUGCUUCUAUUUUGGUGAAUGAUUGUAAGAUAUUUAUCAGGCAUUUGAAUUAAUCUGAUUAUUGUAUAUCUUGAUCUUUAAGACUAAGCUAGUUCUAUACAUGUAUAUGCAAAGCUUUGUAUAUGAUUUAUAUGAUGAUAGAUAGAUGAACAUUUGUAAAUUGUGCAAAGUUCAAAUUUUAUGUAUUCACUUUGAAUAAAUGAACAUUUUCUAUGAAUAACUUUACAGUUUGCUUUGAGUAACUUUACACUUUGCUCUGAGUAACUUUACACUUUGCACUGAGUAACUUUAAAACUUUACACUUUGCUCUGAGUAACUUUACAUCUUGCUCUUUGUAACUUUACACCUUACUCCAAAUAACUUUACACAUUACUCUGAGUAACUUUACACCUUACUCUAAAUAACUUUACACAUUUCUCUGAGUAAAUUUACACAUUUCUCCGAGUAACUUUACACUUUUCUCUUAUUAACUUUACAUCUUUCUCUUUGCAACUUUACACCUUGCUCUGAAUAACUUCUCAAUUUUGCUGAAGGCCUGUGUUCAGUGUUCAUUUUGCAUCUUAGAUUUUUGUUGACUAGAAUGUCAUAAAAUGAAGUCAUAUUUUAUCUCGAGGAGAAUUCUAGAAGAUAUUACAAUUAACAUGAUGUAAUCAUACCUGUACAUUUGUAUCAUUAGUUAUUAAAACAAUGAGAGUAGAUAUGGAGCUUCUAUGAUUUUUAAGUAUAUUAAUUAUUGAAGAAGCUAGAAAAUCAUGACUGGCUAAAAUGUUUUGAAAAAAUAUCGGGGUUCUCUGUAUAUUGCAUUGUUGGCAUGUACUUUUCAGUGUGAUACUGUAUUUCUCUUUGCUAAACAUGCAGGUUUUUGUGUCUUCUUGCCUAUACAUUUUGACUGUGCUCUUUAUAUUAGAAGUUAAAAUACAAGACAUUUUCCACCGCAUCAAUAUGACUACAAAAGAUGUAAAAAGAAAUGAUUUCUAAGUUGGGUUUUGAUGAGUCAUGUUUAAGAUCCUUUGUGUUUCAUCAGUUUUAUUAGAAACAAUGCAAAUUACAUACACAAUGUAUGUUGGUGUGCAUUAUAUGCAGAAUAUACGGUAAUAGAAUUACUUUGCAUGGUAAAUGGAAAAAACUUUUUCAGGAGUGUUGCAUUGUUGCUGUAAUGAUAUUAAGUCUCCUUGGAAAUAAAGUCUACACGCUUAGUUCAAUGGGACGGGGCAGAUCUACGGAUCACGGGUUGUGACUUCGAUUCAUGGGCGAGGUGCAUGUUCUCUGUGACAGUUUGAUAAAAGACAGUGUGUCUGAAAUCAUUGUUGUCCAUCACUGAUUCAUGUGGAGAAGUUGGCAGUUACUUGCAGAGAACAGGUUUGUACUGGUGCAGAAUCCAGUAAUACUGGUUAGGUUAACUGCCCGCCAUUAUAUAACUGAAAUACUUUGUUAAAAUUGAAGCAAAGAUGCCUUUAAACUAAUGUUAACUGCUCCUAAACUUUGCAUAUUGAUCUUCAGCAAAAUACAUUCCUCAAAAUUGUAUUUCUCAAAGAGACUCUCACAUUGUUUAGGCAAUUUUUUUCUGUUAAAGUUAUCAAUGGUACAGAUUUACUGACAUGAAUUUUGCAAUAUAUCCUAAUAAACUACCAUAUAUUUUGUGCAUAGGGAAGUAAACCAUCCCAAUGUUUUGUUUUUUUUAAAUAAUGGAGAAUAUCAACAUUCCUCUUGCUUUUUUCACCAAUGUCUAGCACUUAUUUGUACUCAAUUUUUCAGUGUCACAUAUACAUUCUAUGCCAAACUUGGUGGAAAUGAAAAUGUGGAAAAAUUUCACCCAAACUGUGCAUGUAGCUUUAAUAUGGCAUCCCAUAUUUCGUAGACAAUCAUAGAAGCUCUCAUAGUUUAGCACUUGUUAACAAUAUACACAGCUUUAUCUGUUAAUCUCUUUGUUAUAGUUCUACAUGUAUAUCAUCUUUCAAAUUGCUCAAUUUAUAUUCUCUUCACGUUCUGUAUAUAUUAGGUGUGGCCAAACUACUAUAUGACCGUUUUAUGUAAUGUAUUCAUAUUUAUCAUUUUAUUAGAAUCUGACUGUAUGUGAGUUAGCAGUUUUUAUGAG